UACUUUCAUUUUGAAAAUAAAAACUGAAACUGAAACUGGCGGCAUCAUUUUCAACGGAUAACACAACUCGACUGAUUCCUUAAUUUUCGUAUUAAAUAUCAAAAAUGCACAAAUUAAAGAAAAAACCACCAAGUAGGGAACAAUUGCCAGCUUUAUUGAAAGAAGUUCCAGAACAAUAUCAAGAACGUAUCUUGGAAAUGUCCAAGAAAAUGAUGUCCCAUCCAGCUUACGGGCGGCCUUAUGAUUGGUCAACAGAUGACUUUGAACUUGGAGCACCUUUGGGUCGAGGUAAAUUCGGUCGUGUUUACAUUGCCCGAGAGCGGCACAGCAAUUACAUGGUUGCCAUGAAAGUCAUGUUCAAGUCGGAAUUGCAAAAGGGAGGCGUACAGAGACAGGUUUUAAGGGAAAUUGAAAUUCAGUCGCGUUUAAAACACCCGCAUAUUUUGCGUCUUCUCACUUGGUUCCAUGAUGAGUCCAAGAUCUACUUGGCUCUGGAAAUUGCUUCGGAGGGUGAGCUUUACAAACAUCUCCGAAACGCCCCGGGUCAUCGUUUUGAUGAACUCCGUUCAGCUAAAUACACCUACCAAGUUGCUGACGCUCUCAACUAUUGCCACAUGAAUAACGUCAUUCAUCGAGAUCUCAAGCCAGAGAAUAUCCUCCUUACAUCCGAUGAUAAUGUUAAGCUAGCUGACUUUGGAUGGUCAGCUCACACAAUGUCAAAUAAACGAAGAACAAUGUGCGGAACUCUGGACUACCUUCCGCCAGAGAUGGUUGACGGUACAAGCUAUGAUGACUCUGUAGAUCAAUGGUGUCUGGGAAUACUGUGCUAUGAAUUCUUAGUCGGAAGUCCACCAUUCGAAUCGAACAACACCGAAUUGACUUAUGAAAAAAUUCGUCGACUUGAGAUAAACUAUCCCAAGCACAUGAGCUCAGGAGCAAAAGAUCUAAUUUCAAGACUUCUUAGGAAGAAUAAUUCAGCUCGUAUAACACUUGUUCAAGUAAUGACGCACCCAUGGGUCAAGGAAAACAUGCAGAAGCGUAAUGCGUUGUUACAAGGAGCGAAAUAGUUUAAAAAAAGAACCAUUUUGUUUUACUUGUCUGAUUAUACCUAAUUUAUAAAACUUUAAGAAAACUUACAUUCAAAUGUUCGAACUAGAAUUAACUGUUUCUUUUGUUUGUUUAAUAUUUAAUUUUUUUGAUUUAAUAAAAUUUUAUAAACGGUUUCGUGCUCCACAAUAAGUGCAAAGCCAUUGUCGAUGAAUA